ACCAUCUUCAUUAAGUGUUCGUUGAAGUGGCAAUAGUCAGUUAAAAUAAAGUGGAUAAUAUGGAGGUUGGAGGGUACAAGAAAGUGAUGGUGGCAAUAGACGAGAGUGAGUCAAGUUAUUAUACAAUCAAAUGGGUUCUUGAAAAUCUUCAAGAAUCAAUAAGAAGUUCUGGGAAUCCUUUGGUGAUAUUCAUGGCUGAGCCACGACCAAACCAUGGCAAUACCUUGGCACCUCUUCUUGCUCCAGCUCGUAUGUACUGCAAUAUUGCUUCUACAGCUCCUGAAUUUGUUAGCUCUGUCCAAGAAAGAAAUCACAUGGUGUCUGUGGGAAUUUUGGAGAAAGCAAAGAGCUUGUGUUGCACUCAUGGGUGUAGCAUGGUCAAGAAGCUGCUGCUAUCCCAUAAUUAAAAGACAAUGACCGAAAUUCUAACUUUAAGAUUCUUACAUUUUCUCAAUCUUCCGAAUAUUUGCUGUGGGUUUAAAGGGAAUGACAUAUGCUGUUUCUCUGUUCAAGUUAUUUGUACAAAAUGAUAUACAGCAGUCACCAGAAAUACUUAUGUAUCAAAUGUUAGAUGAGAUAGGUAAUUUAGAUAGUUCGUAAACCAGCUGGUGUUAGCUUUCUUUGAAUUACAAUGCUCUGGGAGUAGGAUUUAGUCGUGAAAACGAUGUUGGAGAUGGUAUCUUGAAAGACGUAUGUAUGGUAAAGCAAUUCCCUAUAUAGUGCUUACUUCAUCCUAAUUUUUUUAGCAUUGUUUGACUACGCACAAAGUUCAAAAAGAAAAGAAGACUUUUGAGAUUUGCGGUCCUAAAUUAAAAAUGUGUUAUGUUCUAAAUAUCUUUUGAAUCUUGUGGUUUUAAACUUGCAAUGUAGGAUGUUUGAAUUGUCAACUUACUAAAUAUAAAAAGAGGCACUCUUUUUGGGAUAGACCAAAAAGAAAAGUAAGACACUUAAAUUGGGAUGGAGGGAGUAGUAAAAUUACUAAAUGCUUAUAUUUUAUAAAGCAUCUCGACGCGGAGUUGAUUAGUAUGAAAUAUAUAUCUGAGUGAUUGUUUGAGUAAAUAGUUAUGGCCCUUAGCUUGGUAAAGCUACUGGAAAACAUUAUUCAAUAUCUCAAAUUCGAAUUCCAGUAUAUUAUUGCUCUAUUGAUAGGUUACAACGUUAUCUCUUCUUCUCCAUUUUCUGUAAUGUUUACCAUUUGUUGUUUCUGGCAUAUCUCCAUAGGUACCUCCUUAAUUGUACCAUGUGUUCUACUUAAUUUGAUACCACCUUUGUCAUGAUAAUGUGCAUGUAUGGAAACUUUCUUGUAACAAUUUCUUUAUUAGCCAAGAGGAAAAAGUAAAAAAAUUCUUUUGAACAAAUUCAUAUAUUAUGAUCGAUAACAUCAUUGUUAAGAGUGUUUUCAAGUUUUUUCUCUCUUUUAAAACAAUGACAUUCUUUGAGCAUGGCAGAUCGCUUGUUUGUAGAGUUCUAGUCUUAAUGUGCCAUUUACUUUGCUUAGUUCUUGUUGAUACCCUCAGAUGAUGCUUGUGUUAAGAUGGUUAAAGGGAGAGUAUAUGAUGAAGGUGACUCAUGGAAGUUAGGGUCGUGUGUUCGCGGAUCAACAUUGUGAAGGUUUUUUUUUUCGUAACAACCAUGAGUAUUACCAUUGAUAACAACAAAAAACAAACACCUAAAGAGCACCUAAUCCAACAACCACCUUCUAGGGAGGGUGAAGUGAGAGUUAAGCCUCAAGAAGUAAGCAUCUAAUUACACAGUAAGGAAUGCAAAAAUCCUUUACACUUGUGAGCUUUCCUAAACAUUUUAAGUAUACUAAUUCUUUCUAUGAUUUACAGCUUUAUCUGUGCAAGAACUACCUCCCUAUGUGCAGUUACUCUCUUAAACAGUUUUCAGUUCCUAGCUUUCCAUCUAUGAUAUAUAUACAACCCCCCAAAUAACUGCUACCACCUCCUACUUGAAUUGUGGGCAAUGUUUCCUUUUGAUCUUGCCCAAUGUUUGAUGCACCUCUCCAAGCUGUAAUUGUAGAAGGGUACUGAUUGAGUCCAAGAGCACUCCACAAAUAGAUAUUUCGCAGUUUCUAUAGCUUGAUCAUCACAUAGGCAACAAUGUUCGUACUCCACCAGAAUUUGCAAUCUUAGGACUCUUUCUUUAGUAGUAAUAUGCUUUGGUUUGCCAGCCAGAGUAUGAAUCUAUGCCUGGGUUGAGCUACAACAGUCCAGAUAAGUUCAGCACUCUCCAAUCUUCUAUGUGGCCUUAGGAUGCCAAUGUAACUACUAGCGAGGGAGUAGUUCCCUCCAACAUUAAGGUUAUACCUCCCAUGAUGGUACUAGGUCUUCAUAUCAUCCUUCAAAUCAUUGAGUUUCUUCCAAUAUCAGGUACUGUCUUGAGGAGCUUUGUGUGUGCAAAUAUUUGAAUCCUCCUGAAUGUAAAUGCCAGGCACCCAUUUAACCCAGAGAGGUUUUUUUUCUCCCUUGGCACUGGGAUUCGUUAAUCACCCAGCACACAUGUGGGCGCGCGCUGGGGAGAGAGAGGCUUUAUGUUCCAUUAGUUGCCAUAACAGCUUCCCAACUAAAGCUAUAUUCCAGUUUCGGCACCCUUUGAUAUUCAAGCCACCUGAUUUCUUAGGAAAGCAGACGUCCUCCCAAGAAACUAAUGACACCUUCCUCUUGCUUUCUGUGGUCUCCCAUAAGUACUGCCUACACUUCUUAUCCACUUCUUUAAGUAUACUCUGUGGUAGAACGAAUAUACUACCCCAAAAGCUGUGUCUAACAAUUUGAAGUCUUUCUGCAUAUGAAAGCUGUCUAGAAUAGGAAGAUGUGAUCUUGUUGGUGAUCUUUUCAAUCAACUAAGGACAAUCUAAUUU